AUACUCUAUAUCUUUUCUAGUUUCACUUUUUUUUUUUUUUCACCUUUUCAUCUUAUAUUUACCAAUAUUUAAAACUUCUAUGGUUUGUUUUGUUUUCAUAAUUUUGUGUACAGACGGACAGCGUUUGAUGAAAGAUGAAUCGUCAUCCUGAAGUUAAAAGGGAUCAAGACGCUCCUGCAGAAUUAGAAUGCCAGGUUAUCUUAAGGCUCCCAUCUGAGCCAGCGAAAGCUUUGCGCGAGGCCUUGCGCGGGGGCAUGCACCUGAAGGACCGACUCACCAUAAAGCUGGAGAACGACAUGAGGUACGGGGAAGUGCGUUUCGACCACUGGCUGAUGCACGCGAAGGUGGUGGAUCUGCCAACAGUCGUGGAAAGCUUGAAGACCAUUGACAACAAGAGCUUUUACAAAACUGCAGACGUGUGCCAGCUGCUGAUCUGCAAGGAGGAGGACGACCAGACCACGGACGAGGAGUCCCCGGCCAAGGCCAAGAAGAAGGACCCCAACAAGGUGGACAAGAAGUUCCUGUGGCCUCACGGCAUCGCGCCGCCCCUCAAGAACGUGCGUCGCCGCCGUUUCCGCAAGACCCUCAAGAAGAAGUACAUAGAGGCCCCGGAGAUAGAGAAGGAGGUGAAGCGGCUGCUGCGCGUAGACAACGACGCUGUGAGCGUCAAGUGGGAGGUGAUCAGCGAGGACGACGACAAGGUGAAGCUGGAGGUGAAGGAGGAGGGGGGGGUGAGCCGCGCCCCCUUCGAGGUCGGCAACCAGCACAGCGCGGACGUGGCGGAGCACGACAUCUUCGGGGAGGCGGUGAGCGACUCGGAGGAGGAGACCAACAUCAACAUCAUGGAGCUGGAGGACGAGACGAGCCGGCCGUCGGGCGAGGACAGCCGCCUGUCGGACUCCGCGUCCCUGCAGGGCUCGAUGGACCGCCGGCAGCCCUUGGUGACGCAGUUCAGCCAGGAGAUGUUCGCGCCCCGCGGGGCCCCCAAGCUGGUGCACAUCAAGCAGGAGCAGCCCGACUUCCCGAUCAAGUCCGAGCUGGGCGAGAUGACCUUCAACUUCGAGAUGGUGAAGACGGAGAUGCCGUCCGCGGAGGCGGAGGAGCAGUACUCCAUGGACAACCAGCUGAGUCGAGCCCACGUGCAGGCCCGGCUGGCGGACCUGGAGCAGCAGUUGGCGGAACUGCGGGUGCGCCGGCAGCAGCAGGAGCUGGAGAUUGCGGGCAUGGAGAACUACGCCCUGCGCCAGCGCUUCCAGGACAUCCUCGACAGUCUGCUGAGCGAGCAGCUCGAGAAGGAGCAGGAGUACCAAGAGUUGACAUCUUUAAUGCAGAUGCAGUAACGAAGAAUGACAACAGCUGCUGUGGCGUCAGUGUUGAUUGCGCGCUGGGUAGUUCGAGGCCCGCACAGCUCUGUGUGGAAUAUGUUGUAGAAAUGACUGUCGGGAGAAUUGGGAGGGUCUUCCACAGAAUUUAUUUUACGUGUGGCAAAUAUUUAUUUCUCUGCCAGUUAUUUUUUUUUAUGUUCAUUGCAGCCAGACUUCCUAAAAGUCCUUUAUUCAUUCCAAUUACAACCAGCAUAAAAGGUGGUUGUCAGCAGAUGGUCGGAGAGAGAAACUGAACUGGCUUCUUCAUUGUCGGUGAUGUGGACAAGUUCCAUGGGUGCUGUACGAUUCUCGCAUGCUGCGGGAAUUAUUUUUUGUUUGGAGUUGAUUGUUUGAACAAGUAUAUCAGCUUGUGAAAUAAAAUAUACAUUCAAAAUUAAAA